AUUGCAACCACUAGAGACAAAAGACCCUGUCUUUGAAAUGUUCAUACUAUGACAAGGUGUCCUCAUCCUCAUUUUGUGCUAUGGUUUUGAACCAUGCCUUGGACAUCUCCGUCGUUGGAUCCUAUAUAAACCAUUCCAACCAUUCUCUGUGUUUCAACUCUCCCGUUUGGGUACAGAUAAAACAAAAACAAAGAUGGCUGCUUUUUCUUGUACAUUCUCCUUCCCUGUAAGAUGUUCUUAUGAUAAUAGCAGUCAUGAAAUGGGUAAGAAAGGGAUCAAGAACAAUGGGACUUCAAAUGGGUCUGUUAAGUUUGAGACACUUAAACAAACGGCUGCUGGAGUUGCUGGCGCUGCUGUUGGUACUGCUGUUGCCUCUGUAACUGGAAAUGCGUAUUUCAACAUUGAGCAGAUCCGGCAGAGGAUUCCGACCAAGAAGCAGUUGGUGGAUCUUCACCGUCAGGGGCUUAUAAUCGAGCGGGGUGUCGGAUAUAGACAAACUGUUGUCAUCCGGUCCUAUGAAGUUGGUCCUGAUAAGACUGCUACUUUGGAAUGCAUCCUUAAUCUUUUUCAGGAAACAGCACUAAAUCAUGUGUGGAUGUCCGGACUUCUCAGCAAUGGAUUUGGGGCUACUUAUGGGAUGGUGAGGAACAAUCUCAUAUGGGUUGUCUCCAGAAUGCAAGUCCAAGUCGAUCACUACCCAAUAUGGUCACUCAGUCAUUUCAUCGAACACAUAAUGAACUAAACAAUACCAAUGCAAGACUUGAUUUUUCAAGCCCAAUUCCAAGUUUCCCUAGAAUCAAACAUCCACAUGACAUGAAAAAUAAAUGGGAAUUCAUCAUUUUCUCUGCUCUCUAAUCAACGCAACUAAAAGUGCAUUUCUUGGAAGGGAGAGGUGGUAGAAGUUGACACAUGGGUUGAAUCAUCAAGGAAAAAUGGGAUGAGAAGAGACUGGUUAAUUCGUUCUCAAGGCACAGGACUCAUCUUUGCUAGAGCAACUAGGUGUUCAUAUCUUCUUGAUGCCUUUUCUUUUCCUUUCUGGUAGUUUUUCUCAGCUCCGGAAUUGUAAAUCCCACUAAGGAAUACCCUAAAACAUGUAUAACAGCACAUGGGUAAUGAUGAACCAGCAAACAAGGCGGCUCUCAAAGAUGCCAGAAGAGGUGAGAGCUGAGAUUUCUCCCUGGUUCAUAGCGAGGCAAGCAAUCAAAGAAGAUGUUCCUGAGAAAAUUUUCAAGUUGGAUAGCAAUGCCAAGUAUAUGGACUCUGACUUGAAGGUAAAAAAAAAAGAAAAACACAAACAAACAAACUUGUAGAGCUUAUGGCAGAGCUCAAGAAGCACAUACUGAUUUCGUUCUAUUCCAUAACUUGUAGCCCAAGAGGAGUGAUCUGGACAUGAAUCACCAUGUAAACAAUGUCAAGUAUGUCAAAUGGAUGCUUGAGGUAAAAACAACUAGGAACUAGUCAUCAUCAAUCCAAGGUUAAUUAUUAACCCAGUUCCAGUUGAAUUUCUUGUUUUGUUCUUUUUCUUCUACAGACUAUUCCUGACCAGUUUUUAGA